AUGAUGAUGAUGUGCCGUCUGCUGUGCGCCCUGUUGGUGCUUGCCCUGUGCUGCUGCCCGUCCGUGUGCGCGUCAGGCGCUGGUCCUGAGAAUGGGCCUAAAGCCGCUCCCGCUACACCGCCUCCUCCACCAGAGUCAACACCCCUGAAGGCCGGUCAGUCAGAGUCGUCAGGUUUGGAGCCCGUUGGAAAGCCGGGAAAUGGUGGCGGAGAGGGGCCACCAGAGAUGGGGUCCGGUGAGAAACAGGUAAGGGGUGAUGGAGAUGGAAAUACGCCUACAGCUACGGGCCCCAAAUCAAAACAAACGUCUAAUGCUGCACCUGCGGAAGGUAAGAAGAGUAAAACAAGUGGUACGGAUACACCUGUGGAAAAAGCAGAAAAGAAUGCCGAGGAUUCAUCCACUACGACGACUACAACAAAACCACUAACUACGACAACGACGACUACAACACAGCCACCAACGACGACCACCACUAAAACAGAGGCACCAAGUACUACGACUACAGAGGCGCCAGCUGCGUCGACAACCCGCGCACCGUCAAGUCUUCGCAGAAUCGACGGCAGCCUCAGCAGCUCUGCGUGGGUGUGUGCCCCGCUGGUGCUUGCCGCCUCCGCGCUGGCGUACACCGCUGUGGGCUGA